AUGGCCGAAGACACUGAGAGCCCUACGAUCAACCACAGCUUCCUGCGAGACUAUGUCACCGAAGCUGACGUCAUCUCCACAGUGGAAUUCAACCAGACAGGAGAGCUGCUGGCUACAGGAGACAAGGGGGGGCGUGUGGUCAUCUUUCAAAGAGAGAGCGAGUCUAAAGGAGAGCUGGAGGAUUUGGGCGACAUUGGGGACUCCGGAGAGUACAACGUGUACAGCACCUUCCAGAGUCAUGAGCCUGACUUUGACUACCUGAAGAGCCUGGAGAUCGAGGAGAAGAUCAACAAGAUCAGAUGGCUACCUCAGCAGAAUGCUGCCCACUUCCUCCUGUCCACCAAUGAUAAGACCAUUAAACUGUGGAAGGUCAGCGAGAGAGACAAGAGGCCUGAAGGAUACAAUCUGAAAGAUGAGGAGGGGAGACUCAAGGACAUCUCUACUGUUACCUCCUUACAGGUUCCCGUGCUCAAACCCACAGACCUGAUGGUGGAGGUGCGCCCCAGGCGGGUGUUCUCAAACGGACACACCUACCAUGUCAACUCUAUCUCCGUCAACAGCGACGGCGAGACAUACCUCUCGGCCGACGACCUCCGCAUCAAUCUGUGGCACCUUGGCAUCACCGACCGCAGCUUCAACAUCGUGGACAUUAAGCCGGCCAACAUGGAGGAGCUGACGGAGGUGAUCACGUCAGCAGAGUUCCACCCGCACCACUGCCACAUGCUGGUGUACAGCAGCAGUAAGGGCACCCUGCGGCUGUGUGACAUGAGGGCCUCGGCCCUCUGCGACCAGCACUCCAAACUGUUUGAGGAGCCGGAGGAUCCAGGAAGCAGGAGCUUCUUCUCUGAGAUCAUCUCCUCAGUGUCGGACGUCAAGUUCAGCCACAACGGGCGCUACCUGCUGACCAGAGACUACCUGACCGCCAAGGUGUGGGACCUGAACAUGGACAAGGGCCCCGUGGAGACCUACCAGGUCCAUGAGUACCUGAGGAGUAAGCUGUGUUCCCUCUAUGAGAAUGACUGCAUCUUCGACAAGUUUGAGUGUGUGUGGAACAGUUCAGAUAGUGUGAUCAUGACCGGGGCUUACAACAGCUUCUUCCGAAUGCUGGACCGGGAGACGGGCCGGGGCGUGACCCUGGAGGCGUGGCGGGAGAGCAGUAAGCCGCGGGCCGUGCUGCGCACGCGGCGCGUCUACACGGGCGGAAAGCGGCGCCGCGGGGACGUAGGCGUGGACAGCCUGGACUUCACCAAGAAGAUCCUCCACAUGGCGUGGCACCCGUCUGAGAACAUCAUCGCCAUCGCCGCCACCAACAACCUGUACAUCUUUCAGGACCGCGUCAGCCCCGACGCACACACACAGUGA